AAAAGGUGCUGGUGCUGAUGCUGAUCAUAAUGAGCAGUUAAGUCAGGCAGUUCUGCGAAGAUGCUGUUCGUGGUGCUUUUGUUCUUUCCGAUGAUCUUCACGUCGUCACAAAUAUGUGGAGGUACGAUGAAAAGCACAACUGGUGUCAUUGAUGAAGCUGGCAGUCCAUCAUACAAUGAAUCGUGCAACUGGACAAUAUAUUCACCAGUCAAGGAUUCCACCAUACUACUUGUUUUCGACAAUCACACAGUCAAUUGCUGGAUUUCAUGGACUUCGAUACGGACUUGGAAACAAAGGAAGGAUCUUUGCCAAGAAAAAGACCCCUUUGCAAUUUUGGCGUUAGGGAGGAAUGUCACAGUCACUCUUUUCUCGCACGGUUCUUAUUUUAGAUUGAAGGCCCAUUAUUUCGUGUUGAACAACACAACUUCAGAAGGUCUCCACCAGCAUGACUGGAAUGUUACAGUUGCUAACGUAAGUUCAACAGCGUUCCAUGUGAGUUGGUCUCGACUUUAUUCCAACAACUCAAAUUCUACUUACAUAUAUGGUUAUGUAACUACCGUGCACAUGAAACAGAACGAUGUUGGUGAUAUACUUGUGCUGAAUGUGACAAAUGCUCCUUCCAAGAAUAUGAGUUCCUCCUUCUUGAGUAGGAUGGUGACUGACCUUCGACCCUACACAAAGUACCGAGUGAAAGUUGUGGCUCUUGUAAAAGAUCGGACAACUGGUAUGAUCUCGUUGAAAAGCAGUUCAGCUGUUGAGAUUGCAACUCAAGAGGGUGUUCCCAGUGCUGUUCCAUGGCUGUAUGCAUGGUACCGAACUUUCAGCAGUCUUCGGAUUGAGUGGGGUUCAAUAUCUAGUGAAGAGGCAAAUGGAAUUCUUCUUGGCUAUACAGUGUACUACAGAGUUUAUAAUUCAAACGAGAGCUUUACGAACAUAAGUGUUAAUCAUCGACGAGUAACUAUAACCGGUCUGAAGAUGGCUACAGGAUAUGAGAUCAAAGUUGCCGGUCGUACAUCCGUUGGGGAAGGUGCAGAGCGUUCUACAUAUGCUGAAACAGAGUGUGGACAGAACUUCGAUAGACCAUCAGGUGAAUUCAGUUUCAACGGUGGAUCCAAGUUGUUUCAUUAUAGAUAUUGUUCUUGGACGAUUCGGUCUCCAGUUGUGAAUUCCAGCAUCCUUCUUCUUUUUGAAGAACACCGACAGGAUUAUUACUGGUAUACGAGCUACAUCAGAAGUGCGAGACAAGAAAAGCGGCUGGUCAGAAAUCGAAAGGUGCCCUUUGCAGUUUUGGUGUUGGACAGCCUUGUGACAAUCAGAACAUACGGAUACGAAAAAUAUACCCGACUGAAAGUUCAUUAUUUGAUUGUGAACAACUCGCGCUCCGAUGCUCUCUAUCAACGUGGUUGGAAUGUCACCAUAAGUAACGUCAGCUCCUCAACGAUUGGUGCCAGUUGGCCUGCACUGAGUACUGCCAGCUCAAACCCCACCUACAUAUAUGGUUAUGUGCUUUUCUUGCGCAUGCUUUUAACUGGUAUUGGUGACAUAUAUAUGCAGGAAAUAGCAAAUUCUACUUCCUUGAGCGCGGUGGUGAGUGGACUGAGAGCCUACGUGAAGUACCAAGUCGAAGCUGUUGCUAUCCUCAAGGACUGUGUGAGUGGUAAAAUAUCCUUGAAAACUAGUGAAAGUGCCCAAAUUCAAACUGAAAAGGGAGCACCCUUUCGUGCACCUUCGGUCAUCAGGAUCUUAGCUUUGGAUAAUCAGAGUAUUUUUGUCAAUUGGUAUGCAUUGCCUCAAGUAGAUAGUGGUGGCUUUCUACGAGGAUACAUAGUGUAUUACGAAGACUCCUGGACUCGACAAACUAAAAAUGUUACAGUUGGACCACAGCAGCGGCAGGUUAUCCUGACUGAUUUAGAGCCAGGAACGUAUUACCGGAUUUACGUCUCUGCGUUUACAGCAAUGGGUGAAGGUCCAAGAAACUAUUAUGGGAUCAGAACACGGUGUGAAAUGCUCAUUUCUGGUCACAUUGGAGAAAUUUCAAGUCCCGGGUUUCCUCAUUACAUCGAUUGGGGUGAAUGUACAUGGGACUACACCGCUCCUGAUAAUAACUCAGUACUCUUGCUCACAUUUCAACACUUCGAUUUACCGUUUACAUUGAACUGCAGGCGUUUUUACGUGGAGAUCAAUAAAGGACAGGACGUCGAGAGGAUUUGUGGAAGAAGGGAUGGAUUAACAGCUGUUUGGGAGGGUCCUUCCCUUCGCGUGCGUUAUUAUUCGCGACGCCGGACAUCUUUAGCUACUGGUUUCAAGGCGCAAUAUCACACACUUAAUGGGUCAUUAACCGAAGCCCCUCGUAUACAAGGCUGGAAUGUAACUGCUGAGAGUACCUCCUCUACAACAGUGUUGGUGACAUGGCCAAAUGACACCCUUGCCCUUUCGAUGAAGGGUAUUUACGGCUUCAUUGCAGCUUGCACAGCAACUGAAAGCAAAGAUACCUUGCGUUUCGCCGCAGUGAAUUCUUCGUCCUUCAGAGCUUUGGUGCAGAGGCUUUUGCCUUACACAAAAUACAGGGUUCAAGUGAUUGCCCUAUCCAAAAGUCAAAGUAAUGGAUCAGUUUCAAUGAGGAGCAGCAGUGCUGUGAUACUCAGGACAAAGGAAGAUGUUCCUUCAAAGCCACCAAGCAACAUCUCGGCAUACGGGACCAAUUCUACAACUAUACGAGUUACAUGGUCUCCCAUAGAUAAACACGACAUCCGAGGAGAACUGCAAGGUUACCUGGUUCAGUAUAAGGAGGCUUGGACACAAGAGAGCUAUCACAGUAUGUCCGUCGGGCCUCUAGUUUCGUCUGUGUUACUGAAAGGCCUGAAAGUUUUCACACUGUACAGAAUCCACCUCUCUGGGUUUACAAGAGCUGGUGUUGGGGUUCAAAGUCGACCACAUUUUCCCAAAACGGGUUGCCUGUUUUUUGUACUCAGUAAUGUUAGAGACUUCACCAGUCCUAACUAUCCCAGUAAUUAUCCAAGCAACGCCAACUGCACUUGGGUGAUAGGUCAAGGGAUGGAAUUGAAGGAAACGAAGAUCAUACUUUUCUUCGACUACUUUCAUACAGAAGGGUUUGGUUCUCCAUGCAGCUCGGAUUAUGUUCAAGUGAGAGACAAAUCUCAGAGUAUAGAUUGGAAAUUUUGUGGAAAGCGGUCUCCCUUUGCUGUCACCUUCACUGAAAGUUCUUUUACAGUGCGUCUGUAUUCAGACAAUGGAAUAGAGGAAAAGGGUUUCUACGCUCGAUAUCUUUUGGUGAAACAAAAAACAGAUCUAGACAUAACGAAAAAACAGGAGAACACGAUUUCAGCCUCAGCCAUAUUAGAGUGGAAAAAGACGCAAAAUGUUGGUGAAUUGAAGGGUUACAUUGUACUGUACAAGCUGUCUCAGCCAUCGACGUAUUGGAAUGUCAUACGGACAAAUGGUACUCAAGUAUCGCUCGAAAACAUUCAGCCAAGAAAAGAGUAUACUGUCAGAGUGCUACUCUUGGCCAAGUCAAACGUCACCUACAUUAGUCAAACAGUCACCCUAGAAACCGGCGUAGUACAAACUACGGAGGAGCCAAUAAAUACUCCGAGUCCAACAGCGGAAGUGCCAAUGCAACUCAUGUACCCCUACGGUCCUUCGGCUGGUGAUUCGGAAAUUCCAAACACGCUUGAGUACUCGCGACAAUGUUUCAAGAUCGAUAUCCCAGACGAUGGAAUGCAAUUCUUCGGCAAGCGUCACUAUAAAGUCUACAUCUGUCGCAACGGAUUGGUGCAAUUUGAUUCACAAUGGCUUCCCAGGUGGCCAUACAAUUUCGGGGAACGUUGGUGGCUGAAGAAAAAGGCAAUGUUGGCACCUUAUUGGUGUUUGACAGAUAUGGACGAUUCUUUUGUGAUUCAGGGCUUUUCUAAAGUUUACUAUCACGUGUAUUCAGAUUCCGACCCAAGUUCUACUCCUAUGUUGAAGAGGGCAUCUUCAGACACCGAGAAGCUGUUGUCGACCCCUUUGCCGACCGCCUUCAAGGCAUCAUGGGUGCUGGUGGUAACGUGGAAAAAUUUGCGUCCGUAUCAGUACCCUGCCAAUAUGGCAAACCAGGGAAAUACGUUUCAGUUGGUUUUGAUCACAAAUGGAGUGUACUCCUUCACGAUGUUCAAUUAUCCAAGCACCAGCCUGCAAUGGUCUGCUCCCACCCAGAGAAUGUAUUAUCAAUAUUUUUCUAAUUCGCGUGGUUUGCCUGUGGUUGGUUGGAAUGCUGGAGACAAAGGAGAAAGGAAAUACAACCUGCCACGAUCGGGUACCGUCAACAUAGAAACAAUUGACGGAAUAAGAGGCAACGCUGACAUGGUAGGGAAGUGGUUCUUCAGACUAGAAGAAUCCCUCGGGAGACUGAGCGCAAGACAGGAGUGCAUCGACUGGUUCAAAGCGCAACCAGAUCCUCGAUUCUACACUGAAUACCUUGAACCUUGUCCUUGUAUCUUGAGACAAGCACGGGGGGACGAAAGGUUCACAGUCAACUGGAGAGGCUGGACAAGAAUGUGUGCUUACUCACAGUUCCCUUCACCAGAUGGUUGGGGCCAGGAAUGUUGUUAUUCUACUAACUGGCAAAGCCGGGGUGCUCUGCUUGUGGGAAAUCCUGGAGGAGGUUCUGCACAUAGAUACCACAAGUUGACGGAGGAGUUAAGGGCUAAACACGACGCAAGCGACGUACAAGGCUAUCAAAAGUGCUGUGUCAACUCAGACUUAUGUGACUUAUAUUACAGAAGACGGCCUUCUGACGAUUGUAGAGAUUAUGUAGCUCCAGAAUGGAGUUGGAUUUGUUGUGACCCUCAUUUUGUCACUCUUGAUGGUAAAAACUACACCUUUAAUGGCCUUGGUGAAUAUAUAAUGGCCGAUGCUCGUGAUGGAUUUUUUCAGUUACAAGCUCGGACAAAACUGGCUAAAGGCGAUGGAACAGCGACAGUGUUUUCUGCUGCAGCGGCGAAGGAAGGCAAUUCUAGUAUUGUUCAGGUUGAAUUGAACGAUGCAGGAAUAGGUGUGCUGAUUGAUGGAGAGUCCUUUGAUUACAUUAGCCUUUCAAACGAAUCUGUUAUACUCAAUGGCUCUGUUGCUGUUGCCAAACCUGACAACAACUCCUUCUUGAUGGUUUUUCCAUCGGGAAUAUCAGUCACAGCGAAAGCUGUUUCGGGAGCACUUUCACUUGUACUUGCUGCACCAAACAGCUUCAAAAAUCAAACAAAAGGCCUUCUGGGAACAUGGAAUGAUGAUCCUGAGGACGAUUUUUUGACGCCCAAUGGAACCAUUCUGCCCUCUAGCGCAAACGGCAAGAACAUUCAUUACAAUUUUGGUCUCCUUUGGCAGGUAGACAACAAAUCCACCCUGUUUACAUACAAACCAGGGGAAAGCCUGAAAACUUUCGAAAAUAUAUCUUUUGUCCCUAUGUUUCUGGAAGACAUUUCCUUCCCAAAUGACACAUUACGCAAACAAGCAGAAGAAGCUUGCCAAGGAAAUCUCAACUGCCUAUUUGAUUCCGCCUCUACAAAGGAUGUUACAAUGGGUGCAAGCACAAAAGCACUGUCGUCUACAUUGGAAAAAGAGUCAUCUUCUCUAAAAAAUUAUCCACCCCGGUUCGUCACACAACUUUCCCAGGUUAAUGUCACUGUGAAUCAGAGUACAAGUGUGACUGUGUUUGCAGAAGACCCAAACAACGACACCUUGGUAUUCUCUAUUUUCGGCGUUCUACCCCAUGCAGCUAUUCUACAGAACACUUCCAACUCUAUGUCGGUCAAGUGGAACGGAACUAACGAACAGAUUGCAUUAGAAUUCGUGGUGACAGAUGAUAGGGGAGCAACAGCAUUCUUGAGGCCUAUCAUUAAUCUCUGUGCUUGUCAUAACGAUGGCGUUUGCCUUCAGUCAGCCAGCAACAAAAAUUCAACUUAUGGAAGCAACAAGAUGAACGUACUUCAGUGUCGUUGUUUAAAUGGGUAUACAGGAAAGUUCUGCGAAAGUGAUCUUGAUGCAUGUGAAGCAAAUCUCAACCCAUGCUACCCCGGUGUAACAUGCAUCGACCUACCCCCUCCAGCAAAUAUAUCUGGCUACAAAUGUGGGCCUUGUCCCAAUGGAUUCACGGGAGAUGGAUCCAAAUGUCGAGACUUUGACGAAUGUUCACAAGGGUCAAACGGCGGAUGCAGUCAAGUCUGUAUCAACACACCUGGCUCGUUCACAUGCGACUGUAGAAAAGGAUAUUUGCUCAACAUUGACCAGAAGAAAUGUGAUGACGUCAAUGAAUGCAUUCCUGUCAGCGACUGUAUGCACAAGUGUGAAAAUACUAACGGUGGAUACCGCUGUAGCUGUGAUAAUUUCUUCAAAGUGGACCCUUCAAAUCCCAAAAACUGUUUACCUGAUUCUCCAUGUCAGAAAGGUAAACAUAGUUGUCAGCACAUAUGUUAUUAUGGUUCAAACAAAAUUCAACAAUGUGCUUGUAGACGAGGUUAUCUUCUAGGAGGCGAUGGGAAUGCGUGCAAAGAUAUUGAUGAAUGUGCAACGAAUGAGGAUAGAUGUAGCCAUGACUGCAGCAACACGGAAGGAAGCUAUACAUGCUCCUGUAUGGACGGCUUUAGACUGGACGGAGAUAAUGUUACUUGCAUAGAUAUAAACGAGUGCUUGGAAUGGACCUUUAAAUGUCAGGAUUCGUCACAGCGUUGCAAAAAUACUCAAGGUUCUUACAAAUGCGUCUGUGAAGAGGGACUGUAUUGGAUUGACAAUACUUGCAAAGGUCUUGAUAAGAAUCAGAAACCACCUCCUCCACCGCCCGCACCGACUCCGCGAAUCCCGUCCUUAAUUGAAAAACGUCAAGCGAUUAUUAUCGCAUUUAAGGGACUGAACUUACCUCAGUGGACCCUGCCCGUAGAGCAAGUCUUCAAGGGAGCAGUUGCAGAUUCUGUGACCACUUUCUGUGGGGAAAGCAGAGACUGCAUAACCAGAAGACUUCGAAAAAGGAGGGCACUAGACUACGUCCUUUUCACACCAGAUCAAGUUCACCUUCUUCCAGGUUAUCCAGAGAGCACCACGGAUCUUUUUCAGAUUCGAGUUGCGAUCUACGUUCAGUUCCCACCUGGAGUGGCUACUGAUUCUCCUUCUGCCCUGGAUAAAAACAUUUUGUUGACAGUCAUCGAAACAUCGCGUGAACAGUUGGAAAAAGCCCUAAACGUGACAGUAGUUAGCCUAACAAUUGCAUUCCUCGACUCUUCUACUGAGAGCAGUUCCACAGAGACUCCAAAAGUUAAUCGUGAAGAAAUACCAAAAUUGUAUUUCAUUAUUGGAGGAGCAACAGCUGGGGUUAUAUUGAUCAUCAUACUUUGUGUUCUGGGAUGUCGCAGAAACUGCAAUUCAAAACAAGUGCAGAAAGGAACAACGGUUGCCUACAACGAAGACGACGACGUCGAGCUUCAUAGAUUCCAAGGUCAUUUUGGCAAUCACAGAGAAGACGAAAAUUGUUAUACCAACGAACAAGCCCUUGACACGGAUAACGAAGCCAUUUAAAAGUGCUUUAAGCAUGAAACAGCUCUUUGCGUAUAUCUUGUGUGGUUUAGUUGUUUCGAAUGAGUAACUAUGCAGUUAAGUUCCUGAUGGACUGAUGAUUAACAUAGAUGUGCUAACAUUUUUUCAUAUAAACCUUUAGAUCGUGUUUAUGGCUCAACAGACGAUUAGUGUGAAAAUUUCAUUGGGCAGAAUGCCUAUUGUUCUCGCGACAUUUACUUGGAGUGGCAAAUAAAUUAGAGAUUUGUAAUAAUA